UUAUUACUAGUCUCUUGAAGAACACACUGUGGGAUAUCUAGUUUCCGGCAUUCGUUAGACGGAGCAAAUGUUUGUGGGUGACACGAAAGCUGAGAGAGGACUGUGGACGCUCCUUGCUUUACACUCCCUUUCUGGUCUUUGAACUAAAACUAGGAAAACUGGGCGAUCAUUAGUGUAUUUCCCUAGAAGGAACGGAUGGCUGUGCCAAGAGGCUGAUGCGCACACUUCCCGACAACAUUUCCUCCGACCUCCACCCUCUCCAGGCGAACGCUUGAGAUUCGACUAGUCUUUGGCAAACAAGUGUUGAUAGGACGUACGUGACAACUUUUUCAAGACAUGGAUUGGGGGACGGAUCUUUGGGACCAGUAUGAUGUCAUCGAUAAGCACACCCAAUCCGGACUGGACCUGGUGGAGCGCUAUGUAAAGUUUGUCAAAGAACGCACUGAGAUAGAACAGGGCUACGCCAAGCAACUCAGGAACCUCAGUAGGAAAUACCUGAAACGGGGAACCAAGGAGGAACAAGAGUGCAGGUUCACCAAUCACCAGGCGUUCCAGGACGUUCUCAAUGAGCUGAAUGACUAUGCAGGCCAAAGAGAGCUGAUUGCUGAGAACAUGAUCACAGGAAUCUGUGUUGAACUCACCAAAUACCUUCGUGACCUCAAAGAAGAACGCAAAACUUAUUUGGCAGACGCCAGAAAAGCCCAGCAGAACUUAGAGAUCAGCUUCAAGCAGCUAGAAAAUACUAAGAAGCGUUUUGCGAAGGAGUGGGGGGAGGCAGAGAAAGCAAUACAGCAAGCAGAGAGAACAGAAAACGACAUCACUGCUACUAAAGCAGAAGUUGAUAAGAUGAAGACUCUGGCACACGGCCGGACACACACAGCAGAGGAGAGCCGGAACGACUACGCAGCCCAGCUCCAGAAAUAUAACAAGGAGCAGAACGCCUUCUACUACUCAGAGAUCCCCCAGCUGUUCAAUAAGCUGCAGGACCUUGAUGAGCGUCGUAUCCUGUCGUUGGCGAAAGGCUACAUCCAGUUUGCCCACACAGAGACGGCCGUGCUGCCCAUCAUCACUAAAUGUCUGGACGGGAUCAGCACAGCCGGAAAGAACGUAGACGCCAAACAGGACUCCAUACGGUUGAUAGAGCAAAACAAGUCAGGCUUUGACCGCCCGGCCGAUGUAGAAUACGAAGACUACAGCCAGGCGAUCAAACCCGCCACGUCGGAAAACAACAUCAACCACCCCAAAGUGCGCACCAAACUCUGGCCCUUCACAAAGAAGGCCAAGGGGACACAUUUUCAGAAGCACAUGCUUCCAGCAGCCGAGGACUUCUCUCACCUGCCCCCAGAGCAGAGAAGGAAGAAGCUGCAGUCCAAGGUGGACGAGAUCAACAAGGAACUUCAGAAGGAGCAGGAUCAGAGUGAUGCACUGGUUAAGAUGAAGGGUGUGUAUGAGCAGAGCCCUCAGAUGGGAGACCCGGCCAGUCUAGAACCUCAGUUCCAGCAGACCGCGCAGAACAUAGCACGCCUCCGAGGGGAACUCCGCAAAUAUGAGUCUUGGCUGGCGGAAGCUUCCGGAGAUGAUUCUACCAACACUGCUGUCAACAACAACAAUAAACACCGGUCUCUACCGGCCGAUCUGUCCCAGAACAUCUAUUCAGAAUUUGAUGAUGAUUUUGAGGAAGAUAUUGAGCCGCCUAUUGGACAGGCCACUGCCCUCUACACCUUUGAAGGUGCCAGUGAGGGGACAGUGUCCAUAACCGAGGGGGAACAGCUGAGUGUGAUGGAGAGGGACAAAGGGGACGGUUGGAUGAGGGUCCAGCGAGCCAAUGGAGACGAAGGAUACAUCCCUUCAUCCUAUGUCCAAUUCUAAUCCUGCACACACACACACACACACACACACACACACACAUAUGGAUAAACUGACACACACACACUCCUGUUAGCCAAUGACAACCAUACUAUUUUUCUAGUUGUAUCUCCUCCUACUGUAAAACUCACCAGCAACUCCUGGGAGCCAAACAUCCAACAUUUCAUAAACAUGGUGUGACAUUUACACAAUCCUGUCAUUUUUUUUACACAACAAAAUACCACAUUUCAGAACCAUUCUUUUACACCCCAAAUCCUUCAUCUCCUCUUUCUACUACAUCCUCAGUCAGCUGGUGACAUUCCCUUCACCUACAGAAACUAAUAUUAAAGGCCCAUCAUCUCUGUGCUUUCCCCCCCCCCAACAGCCCUCUUUCUCUCUAUCUCACGGUUUCUGUCUCUAUCCAUCCCUCCCUUUAUCAUCCGUCUCUUUAUCAUCCCUCUCUAUAUCAUCCAUCUCUAUAUCAUCCCUCUCUAUAUCAUCCCUCCCUUUAUCAUCCCUCUCUUAGUCAUCCCUCUCUUAGUCAUCCCUCUCUUAGUCAUCCCUCUCUUAGUCAUCCCUCUCUUUGUCAUUUGUCUCUUUGUCAUCCCUCUCCAUUCUUACUGAACAACAGAUACUGAGUUGCCUGGACAAUGUGAUUGAUGUUGUUAGCUAGCAUUUAGGGACCACAUUUCUUGUCACUGUUACAUCAUUUGGAUGGUGUUUUCUCAGCGGGGCCCAAAUGUUACCCUGUGUACUACUUUUCACUGGAACCCAAUGUCCUACAUAGUACACUAUUUUUCUCCAGAGUCCUAUUGGAUUAGGGGGCCUUCUCUGGCCUGUAUGUGAGAACCCAAUGGUUUAAAUGUAUUUUAAUUUGAAAAUGUAUUCUGGUUCUGUGACCGUGUUCUGUCUGUGGUUUGGUAUGUUUUUUUUAAAUGUGUUCCUUCUUCUCUGAACAUGUUUUCUCUGCCUUAUUUGUGUGUGGGGGGGUGGGGUUGUAAUUUAAAUGUCUGUAGUCAAAUGGGUCUUUUGCUGUGCUCUGGCCAAUCAAAUUGCUCUGUGGUCAUGUUAAGACCAAUCAGAUGGCUGUAAUUAUAUUUUGAGCCCUGUUAUGUGUCCACUACUGCUAUUUGAACCUUAUAAAAGGGCUGUCUAAUUUCACUCCUGGAGAGCCGCUGAUCUGACCUGUGCAUUUCCCUUCCGGCAGGCCGCCUGGUAUUCAACCAAAGACACACACUGGCUUAAAACACACUGCGUCUUACCUUUAAAUCGAAUUUACACUUUAGCUGAUAAGUGUAUUAGGAAAUGUAAUAUUUAUGUUUUUUAUGUGGGAUUCGAACCAACAUCCCCGGCAAGUGCCGCGCUCUAACAGUUGAGCUACCAACUACAUUUAGGAUGCUUCGCAGAUGGUAGUGUAUUCUCUAUGUAGUGUACUGGCUUUCUUCAGAGCACUAAAAGAAGUGCACUAUGGGACAAGGGAUGCCAUUUUGGACUCCGUACCUAAUCCCUCUUUUAUAGCACACUGCGGUGGCCAUUUUGGGAUGCAGAUCGGCUCUCCAGGUCAAGUGUUUAACCUUUGACCUCCCUGGUAUAAAGGAACUGGAUUUGUCUCCUGCUGCUUCUCAAUACGAUUAUUGGAAAAUAUAAAUAAUAUUUCAUAUGAUUUUAUAAACAGCUGUUGUAUGUUUGAGUUGGUGUUUACCAGUGGGAAAAAAUGAUUUUUAUAACAUACUGUAAGAUUA